GAAAGAUGAUAGUUAACUAAUUUCUUGUAGUUAAGAUAAAUCAAUUAAAAUUUGGACUUUUGAUAUUAAUAAUAAUGAAUGAAAAUUACAGUAAUCAUUAAUGGAAAGUAAAUGUUGUAUAAAUAGUAACACAUUAAAUUUUGUUGAAAAUGUUUUAAUUUCAUGUGGUGAUGAUAAAUAAAUUAAUAUGUGGUAAAAGAAUAAGUCUAAUAAUUGAGAGUAUAAAAAUUAAAUUACACAAACUUAGAAUGAAUAUGGAACAAAAGUAUGUUUCUUAAGAAAUGAUUUAUUUAUUUGGAUUGGAGGAGAUAUUUCAGAUAGAAAUUAUAUUCGUAUAUUCGAAAUAAAGGAUGAAACAUUUAUAAAGAAUACUUCAAAGACAAUAGAAUUAAAGAGUGAUCAAGAAGUAUUUGAUUUGAAUCUCUUUCCUAUUGUUUACAAUUAGGAGUAAAAUAUUCUACUUGUUCGACAUAAGUUUUCUGUUUAUUUACUGAGAGAAUAGAGUGAUGGUAUGUAUAAGAUAGUAGAAAAAGUGAAAUAACAAAGCAAUUCGAUUUCAGGUACAAUGACAAAGGAUGCUAAAUAUUUAACUUUUUGGGAUUCCAAUUAAAAAACAUAUUAAAUUUAUG